AUGGGUAGUUGUAUGGAAUUUCUACGAUUACAUUUAUUUUCUUUAUCUGCAGAAACCAAUAGGAGAAAACCACCGACUGUUCCAAAGACUCAACAUGAUAUUCAAAAACCAUCUGCCGGGGGGCCAGAAUUCAGACAUGCUACUAAAAUCAAAGAAGAUACUAAAUCUAAUCCUUCUCCAGGUCCAAAUAAAAAGAAACCACCACCACCCAUUAAAGUUAAGCCUAAGAAGGUUUCAUCAAGGAAAGAAAAAACUGACCGGGAACAAGAUUCCGAUGAUGAGGAUGCGGGUGAUUAUGAAGAGAUGAGUGUGUUAACACCACCCCCCGUUACCAAACCCUUUUCCAGAAUCCAACCUAUCGCUAGAAAGCAGCCACCGAUUCCUCUAUCUUCGUUACCAGUUUUAGAAGACGAUUCCGAAGAUGAUGAGCCAGAGAGUGCUUAUGAAGAGAUUCCAGAUAUCCUGGAAGUCGAAGACUCUGGUGCCCAAAAAUAUUCCAAGAAAACUGGACUAGACUUUUCAAAGUUUCCAAAGACCUUUAGAGUUGGCUUGAAAAAGGUCCAUAAUGAGUUGAAGAAAUUGAAGCGCUCACAUUCCGUUGAAGUAAAAAGUCCCCCUUCUUCUCAAGACCUCAAUGUUCCACCCAGCAUUGACGAUCUCAGCCUGAGGGAUAGUGAUGACAGUGAUGAAGAGGAAUCACUUGCGUACGACUACCCAGACCUGACAAAGCUUGCGUCCAUGCCACGUCCUCCUCCUGUGAGCGAUACACCUCGUUAUCAGGCGUCACUAAGAGUAACAAAACCAGUUGGCAAAAUACAACCAAUAUCUCGCGAGGAGAAUCCAACGAAGAAAUUCAGUGACAUGACAACCGAGGAAGUCGUAAGCUUGUUUAAAAUGACCAAGUUACCAUCGUUGGCCACUAUGUGUGAAAAAGAAGGUUUGGAUGGAAGCUUCUUCAGUUCUCUCAGUGAGACAGAGUUGAAAAAUGCGUUCAAACUUAGUGAUUUGCAAUUUAUCAAAGUGAAUAAAAUCAUAAAUGAAGGAUGGCGCCCUCACGUAAACUAAUAAUAAUCUUAGAAUUGAA